CGAUUCUACACAGACUUCAGUCAAAGUUUUGAAAAUGUUUCGACUGGUAGCCUUAUUCGCUUUCGUUAGCGUGGCCUUUGGUGCCUCUCUACCCGAUGAUUUGGAUGGACGCAUUGUUAAUGGUGUAGACACCACCAUUGAAGAGCAUCCUUAUCAAGUGUCAUUGCAAACUGUUGGCGGUGGACACUUUUGCGGUGGUAGCAUUAUCAAUGAGGACACCAUCGUCACUGCGGCGCAUUGCUUGCAAGACUACACAGCAAGACAAAUGCGUGUUCGUUUGGGCUCAACCAAUUACAAAUACGGCGGUGAGUUGGUUGCUGUACGCGCUUUCGCUUUCCAUCCCGGCUACAAUGAUGAGACAAUGGUUAAUGAUAUCGGUAUCAUACGUUUGGCUUCGCCAGUGCGUCAAUCUGGUAAGAUACAGUACAUAAGUUUGGCACGCAGCACUCCAAAAACCGGCACAACAGCUAUUGUCAGUGGUUGGGGUAGCAAAUGCUAUCUCUAUUGCCCAACCUUGCCGACAACAUUGCAAGAGAUCUAUGUGGAUAUUGUGGAUAGACAUACGUGCGCCUCCAGUGAGUACAAAUAUGGUGCGGAGAUUUUGGAUACCAUGGUCUGUGGUUAUGCUUUGGAUAAGGAUUCCUGUCAAGGUGACUCCGGUGGUCCACUUGUGGCUGAUAAUAAAUUGGUCGGUGUGGUGUCUUGGGGCAAAGGUUGCGCCAAAGCUGGCUAUCCUGGCGUAUACUCAGAUGUGGCUUCUCUCGUCUCAUGGGUUGAUGCAGCUGUUGCUUCAAUUUAAAUAGUUUCAGUAAAAUAAGAAUAAUAAAAACGUGUGAGAGUCAUUA